GUCUCCUGGCGAAGCUUCAGUAGCACCCAGGCGACCGUGCUGAGGGUUGUUCACUAGCAUAGUGGUUGUGUCGCGCACCUCACACUGCCACUGAUGAACGGUGUACACAUCCACCGCGGGAUUUAAGACUUCCAAGGUGGUGGAGGAGCGGUGGUGUGUGGAGUCCGUGCGCCCCCCGCCAGGUGCGUCUCCCGCCUCCACGGACGGUGGCGCCUUUGAUCACAUCUUAAGAGAAAAGUAGAGAGACGAGAUAGCCUUUCUACACGUCUAAGGCGAUCAGCCCCAGUUAGAGAUUCCAGGCCAAGAUCAAGUGAGGAGUGGAGACGCGGCCCAGUUGUGACCAGGCGGCCGCGCGGGGAGGUCGUGUGCAGCAGCCCUCUCGCUGCCUCUCUGGUACCUCUGCUGUGACUCCUCUUGCCUACCUUCCUCCACACGAGUGCUGCCCUGUACAUCGUUGUUGGGUAACUACAGUGAACAGAACCAGUGCCUGGUGAUCAGAUCGGUGAAGUUUAUCUCGUCAGCAACAGAGAUUGGAGAAAAAAGUGUGUUUAGUGGAGAGAAUCGGGAAGGAAGCAUUGUGCUGGAGCAGGUGGACAGGGCUGUGUAGCCCGCUAGCCGAGUGGUUGGCAGCACGCCCACACCACCCGUCGCCUGCCACAGGUAGGGACAGGCCCAGCAGCAGCACCGCUGGUCGACACACAAGGCACUCGAGAUAGCAUUACAAAGGAAUCUGUGAUAGCUCAUUGUUGUCGGCAGACAGUGUUAGAAUGUCCUGCGUGGAGCCUCCAGGGCUGAUACUGUGUGGUGGCACCUGGUGAGUCUGUCACACCCUAUAGUGUGUUUAGUUACCCCCCCCCGCACCCCGCCCACACCUCGGCACGCCCACCGCCCACCCCUCGGGGAUGUCCACCCACUCCUCUGGGUCGUCGGUGGGGCGCGGGUCCGGCCUCACCCCGCACCUCGUGCCCGUUGGCAUGGCCCUUACUCCCAAGAACCUUCUGAAGCGACACAAGCUGCCCGCGGCCGCCCACCUCCACACGCCCACAGCGCCGCCCGGCCUCGACCUCUCCCGCCCACUACUUCUCUACAACACCUACAACUCCACCAAGGUCCGGGGCGUGUCGCUGCGGCCUGGGAAGGACGGAGGACUUACCCCUGUGGGACCCGCCAUCGUCAUCCCAGAGUCCUACACAGGAUGGUUCGCCAUCAUGACGAGUGAGGGCCAGACCGCCACCCACCUCACCACCGUGGAGCAGGUCGCCAGCAGCCGGCUCUCCUUCUUCCUCACCCGCUACGACGUGCCAGCCUACACCACCACACUCGACGACGCCGGCCACGUCUCCUACCAGAAGACGGUGGUACAGAGUGGCCACGUGCUCAAGCUCACCGGGGUCUUCGAGGACCUCAACGCCAAGAACACCAACAGCGGAGGUCGAGGUCGUGACGCCAUGUCGGUCUUCAACUGCGACAAGUUUGCUCAGUGUCUCAACUACAAGAACGAGGCUGUGUUCUUGCCGUUCUCUGCCUCUGGUCGGUUCUACACGACGGCCCACAAGACCAGCAAGAACCCCAACCACGUCUACCUUAUGGCCCACAUCCUCAAGAACCAUAAGCUGCCCCUCACCGUCCGCCUUGUUUGUGGCUACAUGCCUCGCGUCCCUUGUAGCUUUACCGGUGUGCUGCGUCUGGAGCAGGCGCAGAAGGAGGCGGUGAUCUUGGCGUGUACCAUGACCAACGAGGCUCAAGCCACGCUGUUCGAGAUCGACGUGUCGUCCAACUUCGUGCUGACGCCGGUAAAGGACCCGAUAUUCCCCAAGACGCCAAUUUUCCUCAAGACCGUCUCGUACUGCGAGGACGAGGCUGACGCCUGGAGGAGGCAGAUCAAGGUUACUCAUCAUGUGACUGAGAAGAGGUCAAGGUCAUUGACCCGGUCACUGAGCGACAAGUUUGUGGAACCACUGUCUGGCGUCCGACCUCUUAGUUUGUCGUUUCUGUCUGACCACGACAAGAAGAAAGGUCGAGAGCGUGACCAGUCCAGGGAGAGCAGGUCGUCCCAAACCAACAAGGACAAGAGUCGGGACAAAAGCAAAGAGCAUAGAUUUAGGGACUUUAAACUCAGAGAAAACAGUGUGGAAAAGACUAAAUUCACUUACCAUGAUAGGAGUAACAGCUACAAUGGCUACCCACUGAAAGAUACUAGCCUUGAAAACAAGAAAAAUUCUGACCACCGGAAGAUCUCCAAGCAAAAUACGUAUGUUCUACAGAAUGGGAAAAGCUCUAAACACGUAGAGAAAAAAGCUGAAAGCGAAAGCAGCUUCGUGACAACUCGGUCUAUAGAAAACAUGGACUAUUCCCGUGUGAUUGAUGAUAUCAGCCCAAUACCUGAGAACGAGGAGGAGGAGGAGGCCGAGAACCAGUACUCUGAAAUCUGUGACUACACCUGGAGAAACAGGAACGUCCAACGAGGUGAUGCUCCACUUAGUUUACCGAAUCUUAGUUACUCCCAAAGUGCAGACAAAGUGAAGGAAAAGGUUUCAAGGAAGGUUUCUAGAGACAUUAACAGUUUUAGUGAUAGCAGUGUAUGGAAUAAUGACCCUUUUAAAAGACCAGUUCGGCGUAAAAAUAGCAAUAGUCCAAGUGAAACUAGUAGUUAUAGGUCAAGUUCAAAAGCCUCAAACAGUAGUGUAUCUCGAGAACAUCCCUUAACGAAUAGCAGUGAUGAUAAGCUGCGAAUUAGUAAAAAGAGUGAAGUGUUAAGAGCAGAAGUUCUUAAAAAGGACAAAGUGAAUGAAAAGUACAAAGAAAAGGCGCUGUUGAAAAGCCAAACGAACGCCAUAUCUAAUGAUGAGAUGCUGGAAAAGGAUAAAGUGAAUGAAGUAUACAUUAUAAGAGUAGUAGUGAAGGACAAGGAAGAGGACAAGAUGUCAACCCUAGCCAAGGACACCUCCGGAGGCUACUACAUGAAGAUCAGGGGCUUCGAAGUGCCCAAGGAGGAGAUCGGUAGCGCAGUAUGUGGAGACGAUAUCAAUGGUUAUGACUCCCUCUGUUGACAACACUCGUGAGUAAUUGUGCUAUAGUGACUCGAUUACUAGUGCUGCAGUUGUCUGAUGGAUAACACAGUUGGAAGCUAUCCCCCCGCAAAAAAAGUGUGCCAGAUUAAUCUAUAACUCUUUCAAAGACAAUUGGUUACAGGGCGUUGACACUGGAUGCAUAUUUAGCCGUCAUAUGUGGAGUAAACUUUGUGCUCAAUGUUUGGUUAAUUUUUGUGUUACAAUCGUAUUGGCGUCCUUGGUGAUAUUUAGCGCCCUCUGAUUAUUCUGCGCAUUUGAUGGUGCUACAUAACCUUCCCGGUUUGGUGCCUUCUUUUUGAUGAUUACUUACUAUGUGUUACAACUGGUGCUGGAGUGAAGGAGUGGGCACGCAGCCUGGUGAUGCAGCGGUAACGGCUCCUGUAGCCCUUCAACUAGUGUGAUGUAACAGGAAAUAUGACGAUUCUCGUCAUAUUUCUUGGCUCGUGAAAACUUUGAGAGUAUGAUAACUAAAGUAUUUAAGCUGCAGUCAUUUAUUAAUGAUUGCCUUAGUAAUGACUGUAGUAAUUAAAGUAUUUGAAAUGUUCCUGUUGCUUUGUUAAAAAGGGAAGAAAAUAAAAAAACUGAUAAUAUUUUCCAUUGUGUCUACCGACUGUUUCAGCCUGGGACAACAGUGAGGCUUCACACAUUAACGGUGCAAACACUAAUAGCACGGAAUACUUGUUCACCAGACCACACACUAGAAGUUGAAGGGACGACGACGUUUCGGUCCGUCUCAUGGACCAUCCAGGACGGACCGAAACGUCGUCGUCCCUUCAACUUCUAGUGUGUGGUCUGGUCAACAUACAUCAGCCACGUUAUUGUGACUCCUCGCCUGCACACGGAAUACUUGUCUCACGGGACACCAUCACAGCAGCAAAGUGUGAGCUGCUUCACCUAGGAAACUGGUUGUGUGAGGGGGAAAAGAAAAAAAUGAGUAAUAGUGUACACGUGUGCAUUAUUGCUCGCCAAUGGGUUGUGUGUGAACUACAAAGUUAACGAACCUUUUGUGCAAUCUGUAUUAUACUCUAAUUAUUCCCUACUGCUGCUGCUGCACUUGGUCACAUAAUUCUUUUCUUUUUUAUGCUCUACUUUGUAUGUAAUUCUAGCAAAGCAGAUAAACAUUUUGUAUUGCUAUGCCAAGUUGAGAAGGAAUCUGAUGAUCAUUUCAUCACAAAGAAGCUUGUGGCAAUUGAUUGGAUUCUACAGUAAUAUUCUUACCACAGGUUUUCAUUAUACAUCAUGAAGAAACACUACAGUUCUUCACCCCCCCCCCCUCUCAGUAUUCUUUGCUCUCAAGUGCUUAUGAAUGAAUGGUGAAAAUUGAAAGUAUGGUGAAUCAUGUAAAAUAAAAAAAUUUGUACAAGGUGACUUAUUUAUUUGACAUUUAUGUAAUUAAUAAAAAAUUUAUAAUUUUA